AUGACCUCUGUGCAUGCAGGAUUAUAGUGCUGGACGAUUUACAUACGGUCAUCCUCAAUAAUGGAACAUUGAUCAUAUGAUUCAUUUUUUAUGAGAAACUGGUUGUGCACAAAAAGAAUGAAAAGCUACCUCCAAGAGAAUCCCUUUCCUUGUUUCUUGUGGUAAGAGGAAGAUUACAACGGAUAUGCAUUGACGGGAAACUUCUGGUUGUGCACAAAAAGAAUGAAAGCAGCUGCCUUGUUUCUUUUGCUUGCACCACUGUUACUAGUUCUUGGCUCGUUUUAUGCAGUUGCUGCUGGAGAUAACAACAAUGAUGGUGAGCAUGGACGAUGCACUGGUUCGGUUUUAGAAUGUGGGAUCGAAAUGGCUGAUCACGAAGAGUUGGAGAAGGAAUAUUCAAGCACAAACACAAGGUUUCUUGCAGCACAGAUCAAAUACAUAACUCCAGAUGUUUUGAGGGCCGAUCAGCCUGCCUGUGGGAAAGUAACAAGAGGUGAUCCCUACAGGAAAAGUUGCCUGCCUUCACCUUCCAACCCUGAGAACAGAGGCUGCUCCAGCUACUACAGGUGUAGGAGGUGACCUACUUGGUUUUCUCUGAAUUUUUCUCGUAGUUUUCACUUGAGCCAUUGUUAUAUUCGUAAGUUGGUGUGGAUGAUAUAUUCUUCACACUGUUGACACGACAUGAUUUACUUUAUAAAAAAAGUUAAAUCAUAUUAUGUCAACUGUAGACAUCAGUAUAUCUUAUAUACUGACUUAUAAGUAGAAAAACAAUUUGCGUAUUAUUUCGGUGUGAUUUUCUCAACAAUAAAUAAUUGUAUUGAAAAAGAUGGUGUUACAAAUUUGAGUA